GGAGACAUCCAUGGGAAUUGACAGCAGCUCCAAGCUCUUGUUUAGUUUUACUGCAUUACUGGACUUGGUUUACAACUGAGACUACAGCUGUAGAACUAAAGAGUCUUCAAAUUAAAACUCCUGCUGAAAAGGAACACACCUCUGACAACUCCUGUCAUCCCUCAGAGCACAUUGACAUGGUGUAUAACAUUUCCUGAACUGGAUUAUGAUGUCCCUUGUUGGACUAUGGUCUCAAGAGGAUGGAGCAGUCAACGCGCACCGUCACUGAGGACUAAAGAGAGCCAUCAUCUUUUAACACUGUCACCCGUCUUCUUCAGACCAAUCUACACUUUCAGCCAACCCCAGCCACCUUCAUAAAGCCUCCUCCACAACCAACCUCUUGCAACAUCCCACUAGGACUAGGACUGCCGCAGGAACUGGGACCCGGAGGUCACAACACAAGGGGUCACGAAUCAAGGGUCGGGGGGUUGCUGGGCUGAGGGAUAGUGCACAGAUCUCUAUCUCACAUUUCAGUAUGUUGUUCAUUGAUCCCCACUGCAUUGUAUUAUAAUGCGCAAAUGGAUGCUGACAUGGAACCUUCAAAAUCUGUUCCCGGGACUGUACCUGCAUGCAAUCUUCCUGUUUGGCAGUGUGUGUGUGGUCUACAGUGACUGCACUCCAGAGCAACUUGCCGCCAUCAUGAACUGCUCCAAACAUGAGCGCCACACCAGGAACUACGACUACAUGGAGGGAGGAGAUGUGCGUAUCCGACAGCUGUUCAGCCGCACGCAGUGGUUCCUAACAAUUGAUGAGAAAGGCAAUAUCAAUGGGACUCAAGAUGCCACCGACUGCUACAGUAUCCUGGAGAUCAGGACAGUGUCUGAGGGGGGCAUACUGGCCAUCAAAGGUGUGAAGAGUCAGCGUUACAUCUCUAUGAGCAAGGCUGGAGUGCUGCAAGGCAUGGAUACCUACAAUGAAAACUGCAACUUCAAGGAGGUUUUCCUAGAAAACUACUUCAAUGCUUACUCCUCUGUAAAGUGGACUAAAAAUGGCAAAGAAAUGUUCAUAGCCCUCUCUCAGAAGGGAAGGCCAAUGCGAGGGAAGAAGACCAGGAGGGAGCAUAUCGCAUCUCACUUCAUCCCUAUGAAAUGCAGGGAGGAGGAGAGGAGGGUGGACUGAAAAAGCAGAGGACUAAGUCACAAAUUGUGUAUGAUUUCAAUCACAUAUUAUAUAUGUUAACAGACACAUGUAAGCUCAUUACCAACAUCACACUCCACUCUCCUCAAAGCUGUAGAUUAGUUGUGUAAUGUUCGAUAUUAUGUUGUCAUUUUCAUACGAGAAAACAACAGAUAUAAGAUGGGCACAUUGAAGUAUUUCAAACAUCCUCAAAUAUGAUGCAGAAACAAGAAAAUACGGAAAUAUUUGGAAUAGCUUAAAGCAGUGGUACACAAACUGUAAAACCACUAAAGUCUACUCAAUGUUAUUGUUAUUUUGAGUUAAAUAUUAUAUUUCCUUAUAAAACAGUUAAGUGUUUUCUUAUAAAACAGUAAAAUAUAUUACGCACAGUCAGGACUGUAUCCUUUUACAAAGAUGAUCUACACCCAGCCAGAUGAGGAGACCUGUGUGAUCAACAUAAAGGUCCAGAAGAGAGAUUUGGCUUGACUUAGAUGUGCUGAAGCAAGCUGGACUUGUCUUUUUUAACGGUACAAGUGCUCAGAGCACACAAAACAGAGGCACAAUAAAUACGAUUACGACAGCAUGUUCGGUGAAAUUAGAGUAUGUAGGACGAUCUGUUUGUGGAUGACCUGUUUUGAUCUGUCUGUACUUCCUGCAUUGAAAACCAGACCCUGGUCAAAUGCAUUGUAGCUGCUCACUGACUCCCUCUUCAUUAUCAAGGUGUAAUUUUGAAAUGCUAAAAUAUUCUGCUGCUGCUGAAGAGAUAUCCAGAUUAAAAUACAAAGUGAACAACAUAAUAAAUGUGUACGCUACGCAGUCUCUUUCCAUCAGAGUU